GUUGUAGUGUAGAAGAAAAAAAAGAAGAAGAGAAAUAGGGAAAGAGAAAAUAAAAAUUCAUAUGCUUCUUUUAAAAGGGCAGAUUAUCCGUACAAUAACCCGACUUCAGAGAAAAAUCAGAAGGUGGAAGUGGAGACGACUAUGACACCGUCGCUCCCUCUGCUCCGAUUCAGUAUUCCGGAAUCUUGAAUAUGAGGCUAAUGGAUUGAUGAUGUUGUUGGGGGAUCUUUCGAUCGAUUUGGCUUAAAAGUCGUCGGUUUCACCCAUUCGCUUGGUCUUCUCCUGCAAUAUGAACAUGGGGUUUUCCUCUGUUGGCAAUGGAGGAUCUUCAUCAUCUUUUUCCAAUCUCUCACAUUUGGCGCCGCCUUUCACUCUUGAUCGUUCGGCCACUCGACCUUUCUCCAACCCACUUGUAGAUAUGACCGAACCUUCAUCUGUGGUUCCUCUGAACUCUACAACUGCAGCUACGAUACACAAUUGGCUCCCUUCCACCUCCAAUACCUCAGGCCUUGACUUCUUUUCCAAUUCCACCCCUGAAUUUGAUUGGUUAUCCUUCUCUACAGGGUCUAAAUACCCUAGGUCGCAAUCUAUGAUGGAGCCUCCUGAUAACCACGGACCUCUUUUGGGCAGUAUUUCAAUGUCUUCAACCGACCCCUCCCUAUUCGGGAACACCUCUGACGGACUAACAACUGGUAUUGGCCAAGAGAAACCAUACUAUCCAUCUUAUGCAUCAACUUCAUGUAAUAAAGGUGGCCCUAUGGUCAUUGUUGAUCAACCAACUUAUGAUUACCCAUCCAACUCCCAUGUUGUUGCAUUCAAUGCGCCCCCCUACACGGACUUCUCGCAUGGAUCUUCACCUUCAGGCUUUGAGAGAUCAGUUGAGGAGGCUGCACAUUCUAUUCAUAUGUUUGAUCUGAAUAAAUGCAACGACUUUGUAAGAGAAUGUCCAAGUGAGGAAUUGUUAUCAGAGCAGAACCUUAACAUUGAGCAGCCUAAGAAUUUGAGAAUGUCUAACAUGGAUGCUCAUUAUGCAUUUCCAGGAUGUCACCCUAAGACUAAGACUAGAACAGCACCUUCAAAUCCAGCUUCAAGUUUCCAGAACUCUCAAUAUCUGCAAAAUGCUCCAUAUCAGAAAAUCUUGAGAGAGCAAGGUGCUAGACUGAGUGUGCCUACAUCGAUUGCUAGUUCUCCCAAUACUCUUUCCAUCAGAACACCUGUUCUCGGUACUGAUUCUUUUAUCUGGAACAUUGGUCCAUGUCAUAUUUCAGGUAAUGGUGAUCAUUUCUUUGAAGGAAAACAAGGUGGUGAUCACCUUCGAAAUCUAAAGAAGUCUUUUCCAGUUAACUCUGAUAGCCAGGAGUUCUUCAGUACGGAGAACCACGGAACGUGUAUAGAUAAGCAUGACCCUAUCAUUCACGUCUUACAAAACAAUGUACAUUAUGCCGAGGGUUCACCUGAUCAUACAUUGAAGGUUGGAAUGGGACUUCACGUUCCUGAUGCUAGUCCCCAAUUUAGUCUGGACCUUAAAACAAUUGAAACUGCCACAACUGAGAGUUCCUCUGAAAGUUUUGAUCAGUACAACUUGGCAGCAGUAGACUCACCUUGCUGGAAAGGAGCUCCAAUUAGUGGCGUUUCUCCUUUUCAAGCUUUUGAAAUUAGUACUUCGAGUCAUGUGAAGACGGUGGAAGUUAACAACGAUGUGAAACUCUCAUUGUCUCAAGUACCUCCUUCUUCUGCUGAGGAUUCUAUGGAAGUCUCCGUUCAUGAACCAAAUGAAAGCACCAUAGGGAGGUUUAUGGAAAAAGGUGCAACAUCUUCUGCAAAGUUGCCUUCAAUUGCUGAUUCCUCUUUGCUUGCAACACAGAAAACUAGAGAUUCUAUGAAAGCAGGAGAAUUUUAUUCAGAAAUGGGAUGGUUUCAUCCAACUACCGGUUGCAUCCAUGAACCAGUAGAAGAUGGUGGUGACCUCUAUUCUUCCAUUUCCUCGCCACAAAGUAAAUAUAAGAACAAUUUACUGUCUGGAAAGAAGAUUGCACCUACAAGUUACACGAAAAAGCACGCAGAUGCAAGAUUGAAUAGUGACAACUCCUCUGAAAAUGGUUUGAAUCAUUUGUCGUGUGAUGUUGCAAAACACGUCCAGAAUUUGCCUUUUGAGCUUGUAAAGGUAUUUCUUGGAGAAUCGAACUCCAAAAUUGAUAUCCGGAUUCUGGUUGAUACAUUGCACAGUCUAUCAGAACUGCUUCUUGUAUGUCAUUCAAAUGGUUUGGCUGCAUUACACCAAAAAGACGUCAAGGCCCUUGAGACUGUGAUGAACAACAUUGAUUUUUGUUUAAAAAGCGUCGGAUCACAAGGUUCUCUCUCACCUGAGCAAAGGACUUCACAAAAUAUUGAGCACUUUCAUCAACUUCAUUCGGAUGUUGGUGUCCUCAAGUCUCAAUCACAGAUGACAAAGAUUGAAGGCGAGAAUUUGGAGUGUCUAUCAAAUGGUGGAAAUGAUGUGGAUAAAAUAAAUCAGUACAUACUGUCUGUCAAGAAAGACAACAAAGCUGCUGACUCGCUUUAUCUUAGAAACAGGAUUGACUCGGUAAAAGAAGAUAGCAUGACCAAGGCUCUUAAGAAGGCUAUGAGUGAGAACUUUCAUGAUGAUGAAGAACGUCCCCAAACUCUCUUGUAUAAGAAUCUAUGGCUUGAGGCAGAAGCUGCAUUAUGUGCCUCCAAUUUAAGAGCUCGUUUUCAUAGUGCAAGGUCAGGAAUGGAGAAACAUGAAUCACCAGAAGUAAGAGAACAAGCCAAAAAUUGUGAUGAAGCACUUAUCUCUGAUGCAUGUCCUGGUAUAAACACCAUUGGGAAAUUGGCGUCUAAGACUAAGGUUGGUUCAACCUCAUUUGUCUCCUUUCAGACUUCCCCUGCCGUCAGUGUGACUAGUCAUGCAGAUGAUCUGAUUACUAGAUUUCAUAUUCUCAAAUGCCGAGACGAUGCAGCAAGGCAUAAGGAUGACGGAAAUUCAGUAUUGUCAUUUGAUGUUGAGGUUUCGGAUAAACAGGAUGUGGCUGAAAAAUUAGAACUCGACAAGAAACAAACUGCAGUCACAUCUAUCAAAGACAUAGAUUCUUCAUUCCCCACGUCAAAGAUCAAAGGGGAUGACUUUGGGAAUGCUCUUCCAUCCAUUUCCCCCACCGCGACUGGGAGCAGCCAUAUAGAUGAUAUCAUGUCUAGAUUUCAAAUUAUAAAAUCUCGAGGUGAGCACACAAGUUCUUUGGAUGUGGGAAUGGUGCAGAAAAAUACAAACUCCCACUGUAGGGAGAUUGAUGUGUUGGUGCAUAAAGGUGAUCCUGUGCAUAGUGUGGGUAUCUCAGCAAUGAAUCAUGCCAUUGCCGAUAACAAACAUGAUGAUAAUUUAGAUGCUUCGGUACUGGCAAGACAAGAUGUCCUAAGGAGGCGUGGAAACAACAUAAGCUCGAUCCCUGCUGGAGAACAAGUACUGGAGGUAGAAGUAGAACACCUGUUUCCUGAAAGCAAGAAAAUGCAUUGGCCAUUUGAUGAAAACAAAGUAAGAAAAGGGGGUUUAGGUGUUGAAAUGGAACAUUUCAAGGGAUGUGAAGCUGGGAAUGGAAGUAGAAGUCAUAUUGAGGGCAAGGGUCCUGCUGAUUGUUCUGAUGGGUCCUCAUCUGCUGACUGGGAACAUGUUCUCUGGUGCGAGUGAAUGUAUACAGACUUGUAGCGAACUUAUUAUCAAUGUUAUCAUACGUUUUGAUUUUUUUUCGAUGAACUGAUGAUACUGUUUAGCCGAGAUCCUCUCCCACCAUCAACUACAGUCGAUCGUAAUAGAUACCAUUUCUUGUAAUUACUACUUGGUGUAAUGUACUCUUUACCAUUGUGCA